CUUACCAAUCUGUAGAAGACUGUCAACUUCCUUUCGAUGCAACGCGUAGACAAGUUGAGAGGAAUAGGACGUCUUCUCUGUCAAGUCAAGCAGAAGAAGUUUCAGACAGCAAAUUUUGCAACACCAGCUACAUUUUGUUGUAAAAGGGUUUUUGCAAGACACUUCAGCAUUUCAACUCAAGUCAAAAUGUCGUACGGUACAGUGGAAAGAGGAUGUCCAAAUUCUUUGGAAUAUCGAGUGUUUUUUAGUGGCCCCAGUGGAAAUGUUGUUUCUCCAUUCCAUGACAUUCCUCUUUUUGCCAACACAGAGAAGACUGUCCUGAAUAUGGUGGUUGAAAUUCCUCGCUGGACAAAUAGUAAAAUGGAGAUAUGCAAGGAGGAGAAACUGAACCCCAUUAAGCAAGAUGUUAAAAAGGGAGCUUUGAGAUUUGUGAAGAAUGUUUUUCCACACCACGGCUACAUUUGGAAUUAUGGUGCUUUUCCACAGACAUGGGAGGAUCCAAAGCAUGAGACCCCUGAAACCAAAACCCUAGGAGAUAAUGACCCUCUGGAUGUCUGUGAAAUAGGUCAAAAGGUUCAUAAACGGGGAGCUGUAAUCCAGGUGAAGGUCCUGGGUGUAAUGUGUCUGAUUGAUGAGGGUGAGACAGAUUGGAAGAUAAUUGUCGUUGAUGUGACUGACCCAUUAGCCUCUGAAUUAAAUGACAUAGAAGAUGUAGAUAAACACAUGCCUGGGUUUCUCAAAGCAACUUAUGAAUGGUUUAGAAUUUACAAGAUUCCAGAUGGCAAACCAGAAAAUCAAUUUGCUUUCAAUGGUGAAGCGAAAAAUAAGGAGUAUGCCAUGAAGGUUGUUAAAGAGUGUAAUCAACAGUGGCAAAAAUUAAUUGGCAAAGAAUGUGAAAAUAACGGUCUGUCAUGUGAGAACACAUCUGUGGCCAGUAGCCCAUACAAAAUUUCACCAGAAGAUGCUAAGAAAAUCAUUGACAAUCAACCACAACUAGGAACUGCAAAACCAUUAGCUGACGAGAUCAACAAAUGGCACUAUGUCAAGCUAUAACAACGACACUUCAUAGACGAAACAAUGGAAUCGACCAGAAAGGCUGUAUUUAGUACUUAGACAUAUCAUACAGUAGUGCUCAAUUGUUAACUCCCUUGUACAAUCUGUUUACACUGUUUUAUUUUAUAGUCUGAUGAGGGAAUUCAUGACUGUUGAAUUUGUAUUACCUUAAAGUCCUGUUUUCAUAGCAAAAGUAUUUAAUUAAAAUAUGUGUACUAUAAACCAGCUAGUACAUGUAUAUCAGCAAUGUUUAAUUAUGUAUGCUAAGAAUAAUGUCUUUGAUUAAUGCUGUGUUUGUAAUAUUUGUGAAACUAUAUUUCAUUAGAUAGGUGUUGGCAAAUAUGGCUUAUCUCUAAUGAGUAAAUAAAUAUAAAUAAUAGCUGGGUUGCAGUAUGUAAUUAGCUCAGACUAAGAUUUUUAGAUUUUUGAUAAAUCUUGAUUAAGCACUACUGAUAUAUUGAAUUAUGAUCAGCUAUAGAAACCCGGUAUUAUAAAAUUAUUAUGUAGCAUUUUUUGUCCAAAGAAGCAAACAUGAAAGUCAUAUUUAUUUCCUCAGAAAAUAGCUUUUUGCAGUGCUUUCAGGAACUGGAUAUUCCACUGUACAUGUAAAUAAUUAUGGAAAAUACAUUGCUACGUGUACAUUUUGGAAUACUACACAGUGUAUGUGAGAUUUACAUGACAUUUUGAUAGAAGUUAAGAUACAUACAAUCAUUUUUUUAAUGUAUACCCGUAUUAAUUUUGUAAUUUUUUGGUUAGAGCAAUCCUGAAUAUUUGUUUGGUAUCUGGAACAAGUUGAUAUUUUUAUGUGAAUAUCUCAAGUACACAUAGAAUGCAUAUAUGAUAAAUGCAGAAUUGUACCUUUCUAUUAAUAUACUUUAAAAACAUCAAAAGCUAGGUAUGAUGUAACAUUGAAUGCUUAAUAAGACCUGUCAAAAGCUUGUCAUUUCUACCAGCAAUAAAAUUUUUUAAAAACUUUUA